AUGUCGGCCAAAGGUAUAUACUCGCCUAAGAUGCCAGCAGCUCGAAGACAAAAGGUUGAUCGCUGUCUGGUCAAAGAAAUCUUCCACAACUCCAUUCGACCAUACAAAAGCGGCAGUACCCCGGAGCGUAAAGAAAUCGACCCUGCCCUGACCGCAGAAGCAGCACAAGAUGGAUACGUUCUGGUCGACAUAGUGAAUUUGCGUGCUAGCGAAAUGACAAAGAUGAUGAUCAAGGAUGUUAUUGCAGGAUGUUCACCAUUGCGGGUGGCUGCAAAGUACGACAUCAAUCCUGCGGACCUGGUUGUGAGACUAGCCCGAUAUGGGUAUGAGCAGGGACUGCGAAAUGGAGACAUGACCAAGUGA